AUGAAAAUAACAGAGAAUAAAAAAGGUAGAUUAGUACUUGAUCACAGUGACAGAGCUAAAGAAUGGGGAUUAGGAUUCAUGAUAUCAUUGGUUGGACUGGUACCAUUUAUCAUACAUCAGACCGAUGAAUGGUUCAUUUGGUUGGGCAAGUUUAUGUUUCUCUUUAUGUUUAUGCUCAUCGGACUGUUGAAUGUACGUGACGAGUAUCGUGUACUGUUUGACAGUGUGAACAACCGUGUAUCGAUCGCCUAUAGAAACAUCAUCGAAGUGAUCAGAGGUGCUCCUGGCAACGAGAUAGUCAUCGAUCUCGAUCGUUGUGCAUCGUGUGUCAUUGUCGAAGAGUUGCAUCAAAAGAAGAAACUGUUCAAGUUGGCUCUCAAUACCGUCGAUAACCUAGACAUCAAGCUCACCGACACACUCUACUUUAAGCGUGAAAUGGCAACUGACCUACUCAAACCAAUCAAUACUUGGCUCAGUCAAAACAAUACACCAAGAAAACCUUUACCAAAGAACAAAGUUGUCUAUUCUGAUGAAGAAGAUUCAGAUGAAGAGAAUGGAGCUCAACAAGAACAUCCAAAUAUUAGAAAUAGAUCAACUACUAAAAAAGUUACCUAA